CACAUCCACACUCUCCUCACACGCACACAUGGAGCUCCUCUUGGCAGUUUUUCUGCUUCCUCUAUCCUAUGCUAUUAUCCUCUUCUGUAAGAAGCUAUUGGCAUGGAGAGACCAACGGUGCUAUAUGGUGCACUAUGAGUGCUUUAAAGCCAGUGAGGAUACGAAGCUCAACACUGAUACUUGUGCGGGUAUAGUCCUGAGAAACAAGAAUCUAGGACUUGAAGAAUACAAGUUUCUCUUACAAACCAUUGUCAGUUCAGGCAUUGGUGAAGAAACUUACAGCCCGAAAAUCGUCCUUGCAGGCCAAGAAGACUCUCCUUCUCUUAAAGAUUCUCUUUCUGAGAUAGAAGAAAUCAUGUAUGAUACACUCGAUAAGCUAUUCGCGAAGACAGGAGUCUCUCCAUCAGAGAUCGACGUACUGGUCGUGAAUGUGUCCUUGCUCUCCCCCUCUCCAUCUCUAGCAGCUCGAAUAAUAAACCGUUACAAGAUGAAGGAGGAUAUUAAGUCCUAUAAUCUCUCGGGAAUGGGAUGCAGCGCAAGCCUUCUCGCCAUUGAUAUCGCCCGCAACAUCUUUAAGUUUCACAAGGAUGCAUUUGCAGUCGUUGUGAGUACAGAAUCCAUGGGUCCAAAUUGGUACUGUGGUAGAGAAAAAUCCAUGAUGCUCUCCAAUUGCUUAUUCCGCGUAGGUGGCUGUUCAAUGCUCUUAACAAACAAAAGAUCUAUGAAGCAUCGAGCACUUUUCAAAUUGAACACUCUAGUACGGACCCAUCUUGGCUCCAACGACGAAGCAUAUAAUUGUUGCAUCCAAAUAGAAGACAGUCUUGGCUACCGAGGCUUCUGCCUCACCAAAAAACUCACAAAGGCCGCAGCUUUAUCUUUCACCGAAAAUCUAAAAGCGCUAGUACCUAAAGUGCUACCACUAUGGCAACUACUUCGGUAUGUAAUAUCAUCUCGCUUUGGGAAAAAGAACGACACCCCCGUUCUAGAAUUAGUGGCAGCAGGUUUGGAUUUUAAGACUGGGGUUGAACACUUCUGUAUUCACCCUGGUGGAAGGGCUGUUAUUGAUGGAGUGGGCAAGAGUUUAGGACUCACUGAGUAUGAUCUUGAACCAGCAAGGAUGGCGCUUCACCGGUUUGGUAACACCUCGGCUGGUGGCCUCUGGUAUGUUUUAGGUUACAUGGAAGCAAAGAAGAGACUCAAGAAGGGCGACAGAAUUCUGAUGAUCAGCUUUGGAGCAGGUUUUAAAUGCAACAACUGUGUUUGGCAGGUAAUGAAGGACUUGGAGGAUGCUAACGUCUGGGAAGACUGCAUAGCCUCUUAUCCUCCAAAAUCCAUAGUCAACCCCUUCAUAGAGAAGUAUGGUUGGAUCAAUGAUCCAAGUGCAAGCUUUGUUAAAUUGGACUGGAACUGAAGUUCUGGCCAUCUCUUAUUUUGAAGCUUUUUUUCUUUUCUAGUUUUCAGACUUCCAUAGGAGUAUUGAUUUCAAACUUAUUUAUCUGGACGUCUAUUAUUGUGGCAAGUGUGCAAAAGCUCCAUGUAUUUCAUAGACGCAUAUUAUAUUUACUCCAUUUAGUGCUUGGAUAAGGUACCUGUAAUCUCUGCAUGAUUCUGAUUUGUACUCGAUCUGGUUAUCAAUAAUCUACAGUCUCUAAAUUAGCCUUUCAUUCA